CGCCUGGGCGUGGCGUCCGUAGGCCCUUCAGGGGCGCGAGAGGAGGGCGCUUCCUGUCGUCCGAGCCAUGUACUUCCGGGUGGCGGCCCCUCGCGGCUGGGAUGGUCCUCCCUGACUCGGUCACCUCCGGGCGGAGAAAUAGCAUAGGAAUGGAUUACGUUCCAACCGAGGAUGAGAGAAGAGUCUUCGUCGAGUGCAACAGAGAGAGCUUCUGGUAUAGAUCCGUGCCAUUGACUGCGGCGAGUGUGCUGGUCACCCAAGGAUUAAUUACGAAAGGAGUUCUUUCCGGUCACCCGAAAUACGGUUCUCUCCCUAAACUUGCAUUUGCUGGCAUAAUGGGGUACUUUGGCGGAAAGAUUUCCUACGUGAAAGCCUGCCAAGAGAAGUUUAAGCAUCUGGAGAAUUCCCCGCUUGGAGAAGCCAUGCGUCAACGACAGGGGCGUCGAGUCACGCCGCCAGGGUACUCCUCCGAGCAGCCAACAUUCCCGUCGGACGUAUCGGGCCACUCGUCUUUCGGGACACCCUCUGGCGCUGACAGUGGGGCGACCGAACGUCCUCUUCCUCAAUACGAACCCAUCCCGUUCAGUGCCUCCGUGAACGAGUCGACUCCUACGGGGAUUACGGAUCACGUAGCCCAAGGACCCGAAUCCUACUUGGAAGAGAGCCCUAAAAAGAAGAACGUCACCUACGAGGAAUUAAGAAACCGGAACCGAGAAACCUACGAGGUGACCUUACCUCCAAAAGGCGAACCCUCCUCGCUCAGGACGGUUCGGGACAGAAUGCCGAGCAAAGAAGUUAAAGUGAACAAGUAUGGCGAUACCUGGGAUGAAUGAAAAAGCCACCUUUCGGAUCCUCCAGAGACUCUGCCAGCUCACCGGCUUCGUCCCGGCAACGCCGUCGAUACCCGCCCCCUUCGCUACCGCCCCCGAUCCCUGCCGCCACCCCGUUCAGAAAAGAGAAUCUGGUCUCAUUCUUCUGCUGGGUUGAAUGUUUAAAAAUGAAAAUGAAUCAUAGCUUUUCAGGUUUAUAUGUAGAUUUACAGAGCUUGGGGAGAUGCGCGAAUGAAGGUAUGGUGAUUAUUUUUUUUGUACAGCUUGUGACGUCGUUUCAGAAAACGGUCCCGGCUAAAACAGCUGCUCAAAAAUCCAUUCCGUGAAGUGGGCGUACGGGAGCUGGUGGACACUGGCCGGGAAGGAGACUGGCAAACGAAGAUCCGGAAAGCGUUCAGACCUCCCAUUAAAAAGUUCCCCAACG